AGUUGGCAGUCCUGCCCCAUCAACUGAAAUUAAAUUGAGCGAAAGUGAGCGCAAAUUUGUAUAUUUUUGUUAGUAAUUGAUAUAAUUUGAAUUCAAUGGACCUGAAGGCCCUGCCCAAAGGAAAGAUCAAAAUGAAGAGCAAUUGGCAUCAAUGGUGUAGGUUAUGUGGUUGCGAUUACCCGGACAAUUUAGAUGUAUUUACCAUUCAGACAAGGAACCUAGUUAUGGCUAUUGGCAAAUACUUUUGGGUAGAUAUUAAAAAAAACGAUGAACUGAGUCAGUAUUUGUGUCGAGAGUGCCAUAAUUUGUUGGAAUAUCUAAUCAGCUUCUCGGAACAAGUUCAUCGGGUGCAGCGAAUGUUUGAACACCUCCAGACUGACAACAAUUUGGAAGGUAAUGAUAUACGGAAACAGUAUGGGAACUGGGUCCACAUGAGAUCCUUUCCGAAGAGUUCACACAAUACAGAAACAGAGACUGCAACAAAAGACUUGGAUACUGCAAUAGUGGACAGUUUAUUAAUAAUUGAAGAACAGGAGGUACUUGAAGAGGAACCGAAUACGCAUCAGGAGGAAGAAAAGCAUCAGGAACAGGAUCAAGAAGAAAUAGAGUUACUACAAGAGCAUGAUGAAGAAGCGGAAGAUCAGGAGCAUUACGAAGAAGAAAGCCAAGCAAAUGAAGAAGAAGCGGAAGAUCAGAAGGAAGAAGAUGAAAGUGUUGACCAUAAUAUAACCACCGAAGUAAUAUCUGAAUUCGAUCAUGAUGCAUUUGAUGAUGAAACGUCUGUUGAGGAUGAUACAGUAAAAAUUGAACCGGACAUUAGUUUUCGCAUACUAGAACAGCGGGUGGAGGCGGAUGCUAAAGACAUUUCAGAAUUCAAAUGUAUAUUAUGUUCCAAGGUCUAUAGGAAAGCUACUCCCUAUAAACGUCACCUGGUCACAUUGCAUGGCAUCUGUCCCAAGGAUUUGGACAAUUGUCAGUGCAAACAAUGUGAUAUUACAUUUUCAACGGUCAAUCAACUUGUUGCCCAUCAUCGCACUCAUAUGACUACUAAAGAGAAGAAGGACAAUACCUGCCCAAUGUGUUCUAAAGUAUUUACAACAGCUGGUGCUCUUAAUCGGCAUAUUGCUGGCACCCAUAACAAGCUAACUCCCUACACAUGUGAUAUUUGCGGCAAAGCGGUCAAAACUCUGGCCAGUCUCAAGGACCAUAAGCUGGUGCACACGGAUGCUUGCCCAUUUGAAUGCGAUGUUUGCCAUCGGCGGUUUAAAAACAAAGCCAGAUUACGAGUGCAUUCAGACUCUCAUACCGAGGGCUAUGAUUGUGAUAUUUGUGGGAUGAUAUUGAAAACCCGUCGAACCCUUUACACACACCGCGAGGUGCAUUCGGAUGAGAGAAAAUGCAAAUGUGAGGUCUGCGGUGCAACUUUUAAACGUACAAAAACGCUCAAGUCUCAUCUUAUCCUGCAUACGGGUAUACGACCGUAUAAAUGCAAUUUCUGCGGCGCGGAAUUUGCCAAUGGUUCGAAUUGCCGAAUGCAUAAGCGUAAAAAGCAUCCCAAGGAGUUGGCCGAAGAGGAAUCAAGGCGUGUGAUUCGCUCCACUCGUUUGCCUUUAAUAGAUGAUCUGACUGAAGCCUCCAAACGUAUUAAAACACCAGCCAGAAAGGCAGCAAUUCGAACGAAUACAUCAAAACCGAAGAAAAGUAUUAAUCCAUCGGUAAUUGCUAUGGAAGAAGAAAAUGAGUACCUGCUCGACAAUUUGGUUGGUGAAAUGUAGUUACAACUGAAUUUCUGAAAUACAUAUAUAGGAUUUUAUUAUAGAUAAA